CCACGCAGUUCUCUAAAUUUAGGUGGGUCCAAGUCCAACAACCAACCCCGAGACCUUGCGUGACGAGAAACAUCUCCUGUUUCAAUCCAGCUUCGUCUCUGUAAUUCCUCUCAUCUUCAACGUCUUCUCUCUUGCUUCGCCAUCUCCUAUUUAUAAAAUACACCCACCCAACCUUCUAUACAACAAUCAAAUACCCACAUCGCAAAUUCACUCAUUUCACCAACCAAUCAACCAACCUACCAUUCCCCAGCCAUGGCUCCUCCUGGGAGAUCUCUCGCCUUGUUCGUCUUGCUUUCGUUGUUUUCAAUCUCCCUUGCGUUGGAUAUGUCCAUUAUUGAUUACAAUAUCAGGCAUGGACAAAACCCACAACCAGAAAGAACCGAGGCUCAGAUUCGAAGAAUUUACGAGAUUUGGCUGAUGAAACAUGGCAAAGCCUACAAUGCUUUGGGGGAGAAGGAGAAGCGGUUUGAGAUCUUUAGGGAUAAUCUUAGAUUCAUCGACGAACAUAACUCUGUUAACCGGACUUACAAGGUUGGUUUGAAUCGGUUUGCCGAUCUGACCAACGAGGAGUACCGAGCGAAGUUCUUGGGUACGAGGAUGGAGAGGAAGAAUAGAUUGGGAGCCGGCAGGAGUCAGAGGUAUUUGUUCAAUAAAGGAGAUGAUUUGCCGAAGAAGGUUGACUGGAGAGAGAAAGGAGCUGUUGUCCCUGUCAAGGAUCAAGGCCAGUGUGGGAGUUGCUGGGCUUUCUCGACUAUUGGUGCAGUGGAAGGAAUCAACCAGAUUGUAACUGGUGAUCUAAUCUCUCUGUCAGAGCAGGAGUUAGUGGACUGUGACACAUCUUAUAACCAGGGAUGCAGUGGAGGCCUCAUGGACUAUGCCUUUGAAUUUAUCAUUAAGAAUGGUGGAAUUGAUACAGAAGCAGAUUACCCUUACAAGGCUACUGAUAAUUUUUGUGAUCCAAAUAGGAAAAAUGCUAGGGUAGUUACUAUUGAUGGAUAUGAAGAUGUUCCUGAGAAUGAUGAGAAUUCUUUGAAGAAGGCUGUAGCACAUCAACCAGUUAGUGUUGCCAUAGAAGCUGGUGGCAGGGCUUUCCAGCUCUACCAAUUGGGUGUUUUUACUGGAAGAUGCGGCACUCAGCUGGACCAUGGUGUGGUUGCUGUUGGAUAUGGUACAGAGAAUGGUGUAGAUUACUGGAUUGUGAGGAAUUCAUGGGGUCCUGGAUGGGGACAGAAAGGUUAUAUUAAAAUGGAGCGUAAUGUGGCCAGCACAACGACUGGCAAGUGUGGGAUUGCAAUGGAGGCUUCAUAUCCCAUCAAGAAGGGUGCUAACCCCCCUAAUCCUGGUCCCUCCCCUCCAUCUCCAGUUAACCCUCCACCUCCAGUGAAGCCCCCAACUGAAUGUGAUGAUUACUACUCGUGUCCUGAGGGAAAUACCUGCUGCUGUAUUUAUGAAUAUAGCGGCUUUUGCUUUGGAUGGGGAUGCUGCCCUCUUGAGUCUGCAACCUGCUGCGAUGACCAUUAUAGCUGCUGCCCUCACGAGUAUCCCGUCUGUGACCUUGAUGCUGGAACCUGCCGAAUGAGCAAGGAUAAUCCAUUGAGCAUAAGAGCACUGAGACGAGAUCCUGCUAAAAGAACCCACCAUGGUAGUAGCACAGCUUUUGGACGGAUCUAUUAGGGUUUACAGGACAUUAAGCAAAGUUGCUAUGGAGCAGCUUCUCAUGCUUGAUGAACCAUCCAUCAGGGAACAAGGUUGAAGGAAGAAAAGCUACUUUCAUUGAACUGCUAGAAUAUGUGUAUCUAACCCUUUCUCUAAACCCUCAAGGACAAUUUAUUAUUUUUCAGUUUCAUGGUGAUUACUGUAAAUAUUGAUUUCUGAUGAAGCAGAUAACAAAAACACACAGAAGGAUCCAUUUCACAUAAAUUUAUAUAGUCACCAAACAUUGGCUCUCAUUA